CAUCAUAACUGAAACUUGUCCAUCAAGUGUCCACGGUCUUAUUCUCAGUUUCUCACCACUCCACAGAAGCCGAAAAGGGAGGAGAAACAAAAAACAGAAGCCACAACUGAACCAAAAUGGGAGUCCAUGGUCUGUGGGACCUUCUUGCUCCCGUCGGCCGCCGUGUAUCCGUCGAAACCCUCUCCGGCAAAAAGCUUGCAAUCGAUGCGAGUAUAUGGAUUGUCCAGUUCAUGAAGGCGAUGAGAGACGAGAAGGGAGAGAUGGUACGGAGCGCACAUUUGCUAGGGUUCUUUCGUCGAAUUUGCAAGCUCUUGUAUUUGAGGACUAAGCCUGUGUUCGUCUUCGAUGGUGCCACCCCCGCUCUCAAGCGGCGUACCGUGAUUGCCCGACGGAGGCAGCGUGAGAAUGCCCAGGCUAAGAUUCGCAAAACCGCCGAGAAAUUGCUCCUUAAUCACCUCAAGACGAUGAGGCUAAAAGAAUUGGCAAAGGAUCUUGAGAAUCAGAGAAAAAAGCAGAAGAAGGAUUCUAAAGGUAUGAAGAUUUUGUCGGAUCAAACCCAAGAGGAGGAGAGGAAUCUGGAGAAUAGUGGUGUGGAGAGUUAUGAUAAAGAAAAGUUGGAUGAAAUGUUGGCAGCAACUAUUGCGGCUGAGGAAGAUAGUCAUUUAAAUAACAACACAUCAACGUCUGCUGCUGCAUUUCCUGCUGUGCAGGCAGAGGAUAGUGAUGAAAAUGAAGAGAUCAUAUUGCCAGCAUUGGGUGGUAAUGUUGAUCCAGCUCUCUUGUCUGCUUUGCCUCCAUCAAUGCAACUUAAUCUUAUGAUGAGACAGAGUUCAAUGGUGGAAAACAGAAAAGAUAAUAAAAAAGUCAAGGAUAUCGGAUACCAGGAGGAGGAUCAAAAGAGUAAUGCAAAUGGUAAGGAGCCUUUGUUAGAUCUAACCGAUACAGAAGGGAGUAAUGUAGAGAGGAGUGAUGUGGCAGCAGAGUGUUACAACCAGGAAAAGUUAGAUGAAAUGUUGGCAGCAUCUAUUGCGGUUGAGGAAGAUGAAAGUUUAACUAAGAGUGCCUCAACAUCUGCUGCUGCAAUUCCUUUUGAGGAGGGAAGUGGAGACGAAAACGAAGAAAUGGUCCUGCCAGCAAUGUGUGGAAAAGUUGAUCCAGCUGUCUUAGCAGCUUUGCCACCAUCAAUGCAACUCGAUCUUCUUGUUCAGAUGAGAGAGAGUUUGAUGGCUGAAAAUAGACAAAGGUAUCAGAAAGUCAAGAAGGCACCUGAAAAAUUUUCUGAGCUACAAAUAGAGGCUUACCUUAAAACUGUUGCUUUCCGCCGGGAAAUAGAUCAAGUGCAGAAAGCUGCUGCUGGGACGGAUGUAGGUGGUGUUCAGACUUCACGGAUAGCUUCUGAAGCCAACAGAGAAUUUAUCUUCUCAUCAUCCUUUACAGGAGACAAACAAUUGUUUACAUCUGCUGGAAUGCAGAGAAAUGGAAAUGAGCAACAACAGACGCCAAUAGGGUAUUGUCCUUCAGAUUCUGUGGAUCAUGUUGCAUCCACUAGCAAGUCCAAUACUAUUACAGGAAUGUUGCAGGAUGAAUCUACAAGGGUGUUUGAUGAAGAUGUUGAGACAUAUCUAGAUGAAAGGGGUAAUAUUCGAGUUAGUAGAGUGAGAGCUAUGGGGAUGCGCAUGACCCGUGAUUUGCAAAGGAACUUGGAUUUAAUGAAAGAAAUUGAACAAGAGAGAACAUGUGCAAUGAAGAGCGCAAGUGCUCAGUCUGAGCUUAAUAAAAAGAAUAUUGGUUCUUCAGAAAGAAUUUCCAGUAAAAAACAUCAUAUAAAAAAUUCACAUGGUGAAUUGAAUAAUAGAAAUGGGCAGUCCAGCUUAGAUAAUGAGAGAUCCAUAAAUAUAUCUUUUGAUGUUGAUGUUGAUGGUGAAAGUAAGGGUUUUGACAGUGAUGACAACAUAUUUACUUCUUUGGUAGCAGGAAAACCUGUUAAGAUUGAUUCUGCUUCAGAUAGUGAUUGGGAGGAAGGGAUUAUUGAAGGAAGAGAUAAUAAUUCUUCUAAUGAUAUGGCAUUAGAAACUAAUCCUCCCCCUCGUCCUAAGGAAAGCAACAUUAGUGAUGAUAGUGAAGUGGAUUGGGAAGAGGGAGUUUGUGAUGUUCAUGAUUCCUCACUCCCAUCUGAAUCAGGAAGAACAGCUUCCAGAGGUUAUUUGGAGGAGGAGGCUGAUUUGCAAGAAGCAAUACGGAGAAGUCUUGAGGGUUUGGGGUGUGAAAAAUUAAAUCAAGAACCAUCUGAGCUUGAAAAUUUAAUAAGCACCAAGGUAAAUACUCACAACAGUGUCAUAUUCAUUGACCAAGAAGAUAAUGCUGGUGGGCGAAUUCUUGUUGAGAAGGAUGUCUCCCAACAAAAUAAACCCUCUCCUGAAAUUUUGGCAUUUGGGAAGCUUGACAGCAUGGGUCAAAAUGAUGUCUCAAAGGUCUAUUCUUCUUCAGAUAGGCAGUUGAAGGCUGAAACACAUUAUCCUCCUAACAUGGGUGUCCUAACAAAUAAAUCAUGUACAAGAAAUCUGGGUUCAAAUGCUGGACAAUCAAAUGAAGAUAAAAAUAUAGGGAGCAAUCUGUGCAGAGAAACGCCAUCUGCGGAAACAGCUGCUCCUUUGGAAGUAAAGGAUGUCCAUGUGAUGGUGGAGCAGUUUUCAGAUACUUUUGUUGGGGAUAUUGGGUUAUCUACAAGUAAAAUGUAUUCAAGUGAUGGUUCUCAUGUUUCUGGAGCAUUAUCCGGUAACAUGUCUUCUUCUAUACCAGUUAAUGAUGAACUAAAUGAAAUGGAAGCAGAACCAUCCAUGUUGGUCAAUGAGGAGAGAAAACCUGAACCAUCACGUCAGCCAGUUGAAAUAUCCAAGUCCAACCCUUCCAUACAUAUCACUGGCCUAUCCAAUGAUUCAACAAUUGGCACUGAUAUUGAAGCCAAUUUGGUUGGAAAAAAAAUUUCUGAUUAUGAUUUAGAUGAAAAAGAGCAUUACAUGAACGAAUUUGCAAGAAAUGAGAAUCUGCAGGCUGGCAUGUCAGAGGCCAGUUUGCGGGAGGAAAUAUUGACUCUUGGUCAAGAAUUUACGAAUCUAGGAGAUGAACAGAAGAAGCUGGAACGCAAUGCAGAAUCAGUUAGCGGUGAGAUGUUUGCAGAAUGCCAGGAACUGCUGCAGAUGUUUGGCUUACCAUAUAUUAUAGCACCAAUGGAAGCAGAGGCUCAAUGUGCUUACAUGGAGCUUGCAAAUCUUGUUGAUGGUGUUGUGACUGAUGAUUCUGAUGUGUUCUUGUUUGGGGCACGAAGCGUGUACAAGAAUAUAUUUGAAGACCGCAAAUAUGUUGAAACAUACUACGUGAAGGAUAUUGAAAAGGAACUAGGCCUAACCAGGGAAAAACUAAUUCGCAUGGCUCUACUUCUUGGAAGUGAUUAUACCGAGGGUAUUAGUGGGAUUGGCAUUGUUAAUGCUAUUGAAGUAGUGAAUGCAUUUCCUGAAGAGGAUGGCCUUAAGAAAUUCCGAGAGUGGAUUGAGUCCCCAGAUCCAACCAUUCUGGAAAAGUUUGGUGCGCAAAAUGGUUCAGGUGUGAGAAAAAGAGGGUCAAAAGUUGGUGACGAUGAUACAAAUUGUGCAAAUAGCAAUGUGGAUGGAAUUAAUUCAUUUGGCCAGAACAUUCCUCAAGGUCAUGAGCAAGACCAAUCUGCAGAUUACUUUCAAGAGAUAAAGCAGGUUUUCAUGGAUAAGCAUAGAAAUGUGAGCAAGAACUGGCAUGUUCCUUCGUCUUUUCCCAGUGAAGCAGUCAUUUCUGCAUAUUCUAGUCCACAAGUGGACAAAUCAACUGAGCCUUUCACAUGGGGAAAGCCAGAUCUUCAAGUUCUUCGCAGAUUAUGCUGGGAAAAAUUUGGUUGGGGUAUUCAGAAGUCAGAUGAAUUGCUAUUGCCUGUUCUUAAAGAGUACGACAAACAUGAGACUCAAUUACGGCUGGAAGCAUUUUACACUUUCAAUGAAAGAUUUGCAAAAAUACGCAGCAAGAGAAUUAAGAAAGCUGUUAAAGGGAUCACAGGAAAUCUAUCUUCUGAGUUGAUGGAUGAUGAUGUGAAUUCUAAAAGCAGAAGGAAAGGAACAAUUAGGCCUGGUGAAUCUGGUGAUACCAAACCAGAGAGACCUUCCAAGAGAGCAAAGGGAGGUAGCAAUAAGAUCAAAUCUUUGGAAAAUUCUACUACAGGGUGGCCUAGGAAAAGGACCACUGGAGUGUCUGUUUCAUCUGAAGUGGAGAAUCCAGGAAAACAGUGGCAGGCGGAAAGCAGGCAAAGCAACCAUAAAGGAUCCCGUGGGGUUGGAAGAGGUAAAGGAAGAGGUAGAGGCUGUGGAAGAGGAAAAGGAAGGGCAAGAGGAACUCUUGGAUUUGAGCAAUCUGAUUCGAGCCCUGAUGAUGUCAGUGGUGGUGGAGAUGAUGAGCUGGAAGUUGAUGCAGAGAAGUCAGAGAGGCCACAAGAAGUACGAAGGUCAUUGCGCUCGCGGAAGCCAGCAAGUUACACUGUUGAUGACUUGGAAAUUGAUGACGUGGACAAGUCACUACACCAUGGUGAUACAAGGUUGAAUGAGGAAGUGCUAGAAGCAGGUAUAUCUGGAGUUCAAGGGGAAUGUAAAAGUGCCGAUGCUAGCCUUAAUGGUGAGGAGCAGCAUAAAGUGGAAGAUUCUUUGCCUGAGGACUUCUCUGAAGACUAUCUUGAACAGGCAGUGGGAUUUGUAGCUGAUGAAGAUGGAAGUGGUCAGGCUGGUGUGGCCAAAAAUACUUACCCUUCUGAACCUGGUGUCUCUAAUGAUUACCUUGCAAUGGGAGGUGGGUUUUGCGUGGAUGAAAGUGACACAGGUACCUACCAAGAUGUAUGUCAUAGACCCUCCAUGGCUGCUGAAUGGGAAACCGUUGAUUCAUCCCACUUCACUGGUCUCAUGGAAGAAGCUGCUUCUGGUAAAAGUUCUUUUCAAUUAGUUUCUAGUGUCAAAAGAAGUUUGAACGAUAGCCAAGAUGGAGGAAAGACAAAUGCUUUUGAUACUGAGUUGAGUGUGGAUUGCAUAAAUGAGAGAGACACCGGUGAUCAUUCCAAACUAAGUUUGCCUCUGCCAGAAAGCACUGAAAACGAUGCUGGGGGGUCAAGUAUAAGAAGUCUGAGCGCAAUGCCUUUCUUGAAAAGAAAACGGAGAAAGAUUUGAAAACUACCCAGAAUUUAGGAUGAACCGGAUGUAUUUUCCCUGUAAAUAUUCUUAUUUAUCUGGUUUUUGUAAUUCUCCUCCUCGCUUCUUCUGAUUGAGAUUUUUAUAUAUUAACUUUAAUAUUUCUAUGCGGAACUCUAUGAUUUAUCAAUUGUUUUGCUCUUUA